AUGUCCCUCAAGAACAAAUUUAUUACGUGCUGCCAAGCCUACACGCAACCGAUCCCUGCAAUCGCCGCCGACUCCUUUCUGAUUCCUCUCCGCGACGCGAAGUCCACAAGAACGCCGCCGCCCAGAAGGUAUAUCCUACGAGACGCCGCCCCCACAGAAGGAUAUCUAGAGAGCCCAGAGAUAUCCUACGACGACGCCGCCACCUCCCCAGAGGAUAUCCUACGAGACGAGCCGCCGCCCAGAAGGAUAUCCUCAGCGCCGGCACUCAGAAGGAUAUCCUCGAGACGCGCGGGGAACCCACCCAGAAGGAUAUCCUACGAGACGCCGGCCCAGAAGGAUAUCCUACGAGACGCCGCCACCCGAAGGAUAAUCCUACGGACGCCGCCGCCCAGAAGGAUAUCCUACGAGACGCGCCACCAGAAGGAUAUCCUACGAGACGCCGCCGCCCAGAAGGAUAUCCCGAGACGCCGCCGCCCAGAAGGAAUAUCCUACGAGACGCCGCCGCCCAGAAGGAUAUCCUACGAGACGCGCCGCCCAGAAGGAUAUCCUACGCCGGCCACUCUACGGAGACGCCGCCACCAGAAGGAUAUCCUCCGCCACCAGAAGGAUAUCCUACGAGACGCCGACCCAGAAGAUAUCCUACGAGACGCCGCCCCCCAGAAGGAUAUCCUAACGAGACGCGGCAGGACAUCCUACGCGAGACGCCGCCACUCAGAAGGAUAUCCUACGAGACGCCGCCACCCAGAAGGAUAUCCUACGAGACGCCGCCACCCAGAAGGAUAUCUUUCGCGGGGGUCGUCAUCCAAUCUUGAGAAGAUGUCCGGCGCCAAGUUGGUGAAUCGAAUUGCUAUCUUGCUCAAAUACAACACAGACGAACACCAGAGAUUCCCAAAUGAAUCUCUUUAA